CUCCCCUCUCCUUUUCUCUCUCUCUGUCCGGUUGUUACUCUGACAUCGGGAUUAUUUGUUACAGUUGAAGGCUCGCUAACCGACAAUGUGUAUAUCACCCUGGGAUAUAUAAUUUUUACUUCCCAUCGGCAUUUUACACAUCCCGUCAAGAGAGAAGUCCAUUCCUCUUCAGAGUCGCUCCGUCUGCAGAGCAUCUUUCAUGCGUCUCCCUGUGUCUUGGUCCCAUAGCAACAUGAACUGUGAGCAGGACUUUGGAGAAGGGGGUCUGAACGUCACCCUAACCCUUCGACUCCUCAUGCACGGAAAGGAAGUCGGCAGCAUCAUUGGAAAGAAAGGAGAGACUGUGAAAAGAAUACGGGAAGAGAGCAGCGCACGUAUCAACAUCUCGGAGGGGUCCUGUCCGGAGAGGAUCAUCACAAUUACCGGUCCCACAGAAUGUGUCUUCAGAGCCUUCACCAUGAUCACACUCAAACUGGAGGAGGACCUGACGACCCUGGUAGCCAAUGGCACUGUAACCAGCAAGCCCCCCGUCACCCUACGAUUGGUCAUUCCUGCCAGCCAAUGUGGCUCCCUUAUUGGGAAGGGUGGCUCCAAGAUCAAGGAGAUCAGAGAGACGACCGGGGCCCAAAUACAGGUGGCCGGGGACCUCCUGCCUAACUCCACCGAGAGAGGAGUAACGAUAUCUGGGGCCCAAGACGCCAUUAUCCAGUGUGUCAAGCUCAUCUGCACUGUCAUUCUGGAGUCUCCACCAAAGGGAGCCACCAUUCCGUAUCGACCCAGCCCCUCCCCUGGGACUGUCAUGAUCUCUGGAAACCAGGUGUUUGAGGCUUCUGAGUAUGGGUCACACCCCCUCUUCCAGAUGACCCAGGGAGGGCUGGACCUGCAACAAACAUACGCUGUACAGAACCAGUAUGGCAUUCCACAUUCAGAGUUGGCCAAGCUUCAUCAGUUGUCCAUGCAACAGCAGGCUGUGCAGCUGAGCCAACAGCAGGCCAACUCUGUCAUGCCUGGGUUUAGUUACCUCUCUGUCUUUCCAGCAGGAAUGGACUCAAAUUCCCAGACCACAUCACAGGAGCUGCUCAUUCCUAAUGACCUCAUCGGGUCCAUUAUUGGACGUCAGGGCACCAAGAUCAAUGAGAUCCGCCAAGUAUCCGGGGCUCAGAUCAAGAUUGGCAGCCAGCUGGACAGUACCAGUGACAGGCAUGUCACCAUCACCGGAUCCCCCAUCUCCAUCAACCUGGCUCAGUACCUCAUCACCUCAUGUUUAGAGACGGCCAAAUCCACCGCCCAGACUUCCUCCAUGUCGACCCCUGCUGACCUCACCAUGGCCUACACCCAACAACCCUCCCCAGCCUCCUCCUCCCCAGCCGCCGCGGCCACCCUGGCUGCCAUGGGCUGUCCUGGCCUGUCCCUCCCCCACGCCGCUGGCCCCGUGAUGGGCACCCACCCCUAUGUCCUCCCCCUGUCCAGCCUCCUGGGGCUGCAGUCCAUGAAGUCCAUCCAGUCCAUGCCCUUCCUGGCUCUGUCCAACACGGCCCCCAACGUGGCCGCAGGAGCCCAGGCCCAGAUCUCCUACACCGCCAAGAUCCCCUCGGCCAACGGGAUCGGGAAGAAACCCGAGAGGCAGAAGUUUGCGCCAUACUGAUGACGGAGUCUGACAACGAUGACGGAGGCUCCGCCCUUCGCUGACUCCACCCCCUCUCCGGCUCUCAGCUUCUACCAAAGAAGAGAGAACGGGGGGGGUGCUUCUUUUCGGUUCUCCCCCUCCUCCCUCAUCUUCAUAGAUGAUGUAGUGGUCUAGUAUAUUUCAGAGACUGUCGAUCGAUUUUUGUUUAGUAGCUUUGUUCUGUCCCUUAUCUACUGUAGGAGCACUGUUGGAUUGGCUCGUAUAGAUAACUAUGUUUAUGUUGUCAGGCCAAGGAAGCCUAUGAAGCCAUAAGAGUUUGUCCCAGUUGACACCCUAUUUCAGAGCUAGUAGGGCUCUGGUGGCCUAUGGCCAAUGUACUACAGAUGCCAUGUAUUAAUGUGAAUCAGUCAAUUUGAAAUGUCCUGCAGCAACAGGAAAUAGCAAUUGUUUUUGAUUAUUAUGAGUAUGUGUAUGAGUUGACACAUUUCUCAUUAGAUCAUGUCAGAAAUAUUACAGUGGAAAUUCCCAACUUCAGAAUGCUUUUCAGACCUCAGAUACAAGUUUGCGUUGCCUACUGUGCAAAAAACAUCCUACAAAAACUGGAGGAUGAAAUUAGGAACUGGCAUCUGUCCAUGUGCUAUAGGGUUGUCACCUGAGACCCAACUAUGUACUAAUCCAACCCUGUUUGUAACCUUCUUGUAACCUUUUCCUCUUGCUCCUGUUCAUUGGUGACUGGUGUUUAAUGAAAUCCUCUCACUAUGAAUUCAAACACUGGUGACUGAAGCUCAGCUCUCUGUUCCUCAUUCAGCUUUUACAAUGAAGUAUGAGGCUGCUCCUUCUGUAUACAACUUCCUGUUUUUUUAAUAUUUGAAGAAUGACUGUGUAAAGACAAAACAGUUUUUAAGAAUGACAAAAGAUCUAAAAGCUCUUUUUUUGCGUUGUCACGGUUGUAUGUUUUCUGUCACAUUUCAUUUUUAAUGUUGUUUAAUUUAUUUAAUUUAUUAUGCUAAGUAUUACUUUUACGAUAACAUGUUAUCUUUUUUAUUGAAACAGGUACUUCUAUGACUACUACUAGUAAUUUUGUUCCAUCCAGUUUAAAGUUUUGCCUCAAGGUAUUCCCUCCUGUUUCUCAUAACAGAAAUGGUUUCUUCUUCUAAGGCAAUGUUUUUUAAUAACAUUAUGUUUUUACUGAUUAGGGUAUAUAAUCCACUCCUAAGUCAAUAUAUAAUUAGCCAACUGAAAGUCGAGGUACAUGUAUUUCAAACUGUCUUACAGGGAUUUGAACAGCUAAACCCCUCUUAGGACGUUUCUGAGGGAUCAGGGAUUCCUUUCUCACUCCAGCUAUCAAACAGAACCGUGCAUGACAGCUUCUGUUGUCAGAAACUAAUGCUGCAUGUUAGCUCAACCGCAUGCGUACACACACACACAUACACACA